AUGGCAGGGAGAGGCGGAAACAAGAAGAGGGUUUCCUAUUUGGCGGUAGUCGCCGCUGCAGGCUUCGCCAUUCUAGCCGUCGUCGCUCUCGCCCGCCCCGGCGAGGACGGCGGCUUCCCCAGGAACGACUGGCUCGUGGGCACCGCCGAAGAGGCGGCCUUCGUGUCCUUCGCGAGGAAGUACGGCAAGGAGUACGCCACCCGCGAGGAGUACCUCCACCGCCUCGCCGUCUUCGCCAGGAACGCCGCCAAGGCGGCGGAGCACCAGGCCCUGGACCCCACUGCCGUGCACGGCGUCACUCCCUUCUCGGACCUCACUGAGGAGGAGUUCGAGCGACACUUCACGGGCUUAGCGGCGGCGGGCAGCGCCGCCGGGCGGCGAUGCGGCCGGGCCGGUGGCCGGGGAGGUCGCCAGACGGCCCCGCACUUGGACGUGAAGGGACUCCCUUCAAACUUCGACUGGCGGGAGAAAGGAGCCGUCACAGACGUCAAGAUGCAGGUCUUUCCCAGUUCCAUCCUCUUCCCCCUCCAUUCCCCCCCCGUCUCUGAUAUCUCUCCUCUUCUCCGUCUUCCUUUUUCUCGCAGGGCAUCUGCGGCUCGUGCUGGGCCUUCAGCACCACCGGCGCCGUCGAAGGUGCCAACUUCAUCGCCACCGGGAAGCUCCUCAGACUCAGCGAGCAGCAGCUAGUCGACUGCGACCACACGGUCUGCCUCUCUCUUGAUUUCUCUCUCUCUCUCUCUCUCUCUCUCUCUCUCUCGAUUUCUCAGCUGACGGGGUAGCGGGUGGUCGAAGUGUGACGCGGUGGAGAAGGACGCGUGCGACAACGGGUGCAGCGGGGGGCUGAUGACCAACGCCUACAAGUACCUGAUGGAGGCGGGCGGCUUGGAGGAAGAGGAGGCGUACCCAUACUCCGGCAGGCUCGGCCGGUGCGCGUUCGAACCGGGGAAGGUCGCCGUGAGAGUGACCAACUUCACGAACGUCCCCCUCGGCGAGGACCAAAUCGCCACCUACCUCGUCCGGCACGGGCCCCUCGCAGGUUCGCUCCUCGCGUCGCCGUCUCCCUCCUGCAAUCCCCUGCAUCUCACCUGCGCCACGCCGCCGUUGCAGUGGGCUUGAACGCGGCCUUCAUGCAGACGUACGUGCGCGGGGUGUCGUGCCCGCUGGUCUGCGUGCGGCGGUGGGUGAACCACGGCGUGCUGCUGGUGGGCUACGGGGCGAGGGGGUUCUCCCUCCUGCGCCUCGGGUACCAGCCCUACUGGAUCAUCAAGAACUCAUGGGGGAGGCAGUGGGGAGAAGAAGGGUAUUACCGGCUGUGCAGGGGGCACGGCGCCUGCGGCAUCAAUACCAUGGUCUCGGCGGUCACGGCGACGACGGUGGCCGCCGAGCCGGCCUCUGGCCACGCCGAGAGCUAG